AUGAGGAGAGGUGCACGUGUUCCCGUGCCGAGACGUGGUGCAAGACGACCACGCAAGACGACAUUGGAGUUCCUGGCAGCAGAGUCGCCAGAGAUGUCUGCUAGAGUCGAGCCUAUCGGUCAAGGACAGACUCCGCAUGGUACUGCGGGUGCGUCGGGUUUUCAGACUCCGAUGGUUUCAGAGGUACCUACCCCGACGGUACCCGUCGUACCUACUCCUACGAUAUUUACGGUACCACCAGCGGUACCACCAGCAUACUCGGCACCUACUCCAGUCGAGCCCAGUACGUACCCGGUACCACUGCCACCAGUGCCUACGGCAUACCAGGCACCACUGCCAUCGGUGCCCACUGCAUACGCGGCACCUGCACCAGUAGCAGCAGUUGCUCCACCUCCGGUACCACCACCCAUCGUACCUCCUGCCGCGGCCACCUAUGCUGACCCUGAAGUGCCACCCAUGGCACCUACCUCAGUCUAUGCAGCAACACCGGGGAUGCCUCCCCCGGCCUAUGCAGCGGUACCCCUUGUUAUACCAGCUCCAGUGGUUCCGCCAGUUCCUGCAGUCGUCCCUACUCACCUCACUAAUAUAGUUACGACACGAGCUCGGAUCCUAGCACUGGCAGUCGAUGAAGAGUCGAUUCACACUAUUCCGAGGAGACACUGA